AUGGCUUCCAAAACCAUGCUCCUUCUCUUUGCAACUGUUCUCCUUUUCACUGCUAGGGCUUCAUCACUUGAUGAUCAUGAGGAACUCUCGAUUAAGUUUACUUAUGGCAAUGCACCAGCGCCACAACCUCUGGUCAAGGCAUCCAGUCCAACCCUUGCCAAGCCACCGUGUCCACCACUAGCCAAGCCACCGUCUCCACCAUAUACCAAGCCUCCAUCUCCUGUCAGCCCCCCAGUGAAGCCACCAACUCCUGUCAGUCCCCCAGUGAUGCCACCCACUUAUCCACCACUUCCCCCGGUCAGGUUCAAAUCAGAUUGCGUCCCAUUGUGUGAGAAGAGGUGCAUGCAGCAUUCAAGGAAGAGGCCGUGCAUGAGAGCUUGCACGGCGUGCUGCGAUCGCUGCCGCUGCGUUCCUCCAGGAACAUUCGGCAACGAGGAAAAAUGCGGCCAGUGCUACACCGAUAUUGUCAUCCAUGGCAUCAGAACCAAAUGCCCUUGA